AUGAGUGUUUAAAGACUGCCUCUCGAAAAAUAGGCUACUCCACGUCAUUACAGUUCCAAACCAAUCCAACAGGUCUCAAGUACUGCAAGAACAAUUACUAAGCCGCCUCAGGUUCAACAAGAGAUGAAUCCUGACAAUACAAUCCUGUCAUUCAUGAAAUCUUUAGAUGGCAAAUAAGCAGGCAUUCUCAAUCGAUCCAUUAGAGAUGGAGAAAAACUACACAAACCUCUAAUCAAACCAAGAACCUACAUUCCUCAAUAAAAAUCAAUUCCAACAUCUAACGUAGAGAGAUAAAUUUUAAAUAAUCUGGAAACAAGAAUACAAAAGCUCCCGCAAUAUGAAUAAGAAUUGGUACUACAAAUUCUAGCAUCCAUCGAAAUUGGUUAACCUAAACAUGAAGAACUCAUCUCCUUCUUCAAAAGCAAACGAAUACACCUCAAAAUCCACUCGAAUUAUGGCAACAAAACUCAGGUUGGAUUGACUAGUAUUGAAUUGUUGAAUAAUAACAGAAAAUAUGUCAAAAUCAACUGCAUAUAUUCUGAUGAUGAUUCCCAUAAUACUAUUAAUAAUCUGAUCAAUGGUCACAAUCUUACUAUAUAUCCUGAAUAAAUGUGGAUUACCAACUUUAAAUAAUUCCCAAUUACCAUCACAGUGUGCUAUCUACUUUAGGAAGAAUCCGAAUUUCUUACAUCUGUUAAAAUAUGGAAUUUUAAUAAAAAUAGAAAAGAAUUGGAUAAGUGUGUUUGUGACUUGGAAAUCUUACAGAAUGACACUGUACUAUGGUCAGGUCAAAUAGCCAGAGGAGUAGCCAAUACAUUUUCAGAAUAUGCCCAAACAAUCGAAUUAGAACCAUUACCAUAACAAAGUAUUAACACAAUAAAGGAAAGCGAAACUCGAAAUAAGAAUUAAAAUGAUUCUACUCAACCAUUUAAUUAAUCAUUACAAUCCAUUAAUUCCAAGAAAUCUGAUGAAAAUAAAGAAAUUAACCUAUCCAAAGCCUCCAGUCAAUAAAAGCAUGCAAAACCUAAAUUAAUAUUUGAUCCUUUUGAUGAUGAUAAGAAAUUCAAAAAACUUGAAUAAAAAUAGGAACCCUCCUCAGUCAAAACCAAAUAGACAAUUCAUUAAUAGAGAUUCUUCAAGAAAUCUAUUAACUUAUUCUCCUAGAAAUAAUUAACCGAAGAGGAUUCCACUAGUCCAUAACUCAAUUUUAAAAGAGGAGUUGCUCACAUCGCAGCAGGAACAGUAUCCACUCGUACUAAAAAUAUCUCAAUACCUGAAUGUCCUUUCGGAUCUACGUUGACAAUCAAAUUUCUUAAAAAUUGGGGAGAUCUCUACUCAAUUGGAUUAACUGGAAUUGAAAUAUUUGAUUAUAAAGGCAAAAAAGUAAAAAUUAAUUCAGUAUCUGGAUUUUUCAGAAAUGCUGCUGUUUUAUUUGAUGACAAUUAUUUAACUCAGGACGACAAAAAUAUGUGCAUUGAAAGAAUAGAUAAAAAUAUGGAAAUUACAAUUAAGUUUAAUGACACUAAGUUAUCCAUGAUUAGAAUCUGGAAUUACAACAAAGGCAGAACCUACAGAGCUAAAUGUGUUCGUAACAUUGAAAUAGUAUUGGAUACAGAUUCAAUCUUUAGUGGAGAAAUCAAGUAAGCCAAUGGAACAUGUGGCAUAGAUAAUGCUGAAUACAUAAUGUUUACUAAUAACCCUUAAAUAAUGGAGAAGAUUUAAGAGUAGGAUUGGCUUAAUACAUUACAUGAAAGUUAAAUACAAUAGUAAAAGCACAUUCUAGAGAAUACUGUCAAAUUGAGUAGGCCUGAUACAGCCACAUUUAAUAAGCCAAAAGGUGAGAUUACAGCUUAAAAGUUUGCAAAUAAUAAUCUUAACUCUUAAUUUAACAAAGAUUAUUAACAUUAAAAAUCAGAUUCUAUUCCUUAAAUCGUUAGAUAGGAAUCUGAAUCCAAAUUACAAUAAUUUCCUAAAAGAUUGUUCUCAUCUCAAAAUUAGAUUAAUGUUAAGGUUUUACCAACAGUUGCUGUGAAAGUAUUAACGUUGUAUAUAAUAAGAAAUUGGGGUGAUAAAUUUGUUGGAUUGGAUAAGAUUGAUAUUCAUGAUAAAUUUGGAUAGUCAAUGAAAAUCAAAAAGUAUAAAGUAAUCACAUCUUAAUCUGAGACUGUUGUCAAUAGUGAUGAAAGAUGGUAAUUGGCUAAUGGGAAAAUCAAGAUCCAAUUUGUAUUUAUUUAACCAACUCAAAUUAGUAGAGUUGCAAUUUGGAAUUAUAAUAAGGAGGAUGAAUUAGAGAAGGGAGUGUAAAUGAUUAAUAUCAAAGGGGAUAAUCAAAUUCUAAAUACCAAGUAAGGCAUCUAUUUGAGAAAAGGACAUGGAUUGAGUGACGUAAAUGAACCUCAAUUGAUUGAGUUGCCUUAUUAGAAAAAGAUUGAAAUAAUGAAGGUAAAUUACUAAUUCGAAAGAAACAUAUACUAAGAUUAUGAAACGACCCAAUUACCAUAAGGCACCAAGAUAGUUAUCAAACUUUUAUCUACUUGGGGGGACUUACACUAUAUUGGAUUGAAUGGGAUUGAGAUAUUUGAUCCAAAUGGUGAAUAGAUUUAACCUAAAUUAUUUGCAAAACCAUUCUCAGUGAAAGAGCUUCCACAAAUGGAGAUGGAUGUCAGAACUCCAGAUAAGUUAUUAAACAAUGUGAAUAUCACCUUAGAUGCUAAGUAAAUGUGGUUAUCUCCUUUCGUUAAUACAUAUACAGAUAGAUUAAAAACGAAUAUCAAUUCGAGUGUUUUUGAUCAGAUUAGUUACCAAGUCAAUAAAUUAAUUUUGCUAUUUGACACUCCUUAAUAAAUAUCUGCCAUAUCCUUUUACAACUAUAGUAAAACACCUGUCAGAGGAGUUAAGGAAUGCGAAAUCUCAAUUGAUGAUAAUAUUAUUUAUUAAGGCUAUUUGAAUUUAUCAACCUUGACCCAAACUGUAAGAGGAAUAAUGGGCAAUAAUAAAACUACUGUUUUGUUUACAAGAGAUGAACGAUUGAUCGAUUAAAUCGGAACUGUGGAAAUUAGAGAGAGUAUCAUUGGAUCAGAGACUCUUUUAAUCAAUGAAAAUUAAAAAUUGAAAUAUAAUAGCAUCAAAAAUAAGGAGGUCAGACUAUAAUAAUAAGGAUUGUAUAAAUAAUUAGAUAGACCAACUACAACAACAGUUAAGUGA